AAUAAUUAUAAUAAUAAUGUAAGUCCAAAUUAUGAAUUAGCUGAAGCAAUAAUAAAUAAAAGGCUUGACUCACAUUAUGACAAUAAUGAUGAACAAUCAAGAAAAGCUUCUUCUGAUCCUGGUCUUUUGCUCAAA